AUGGCCUAUAGUGAUGCCAAGAUUCAGAAGAAUGGCCCGAAAGCUAGGGACAAUCAAUCGAAGUUUGAAAGGCCGAUUUCAAGUAACUCUGAUAGGAAGAAGAAGUUCAAGGAAACUAGAGAUAAGAAAUUAAAGGCUGGUAUGCAACGGCUGAAUGACAAGUAUGCAUACGCGGUGUCGUCAGCUGCGGCCACUGAAUAUUUGCUUCCUGAAUCCUCUGGUUAUCUAGAAGCUGAAGAUGAAAUGGAAAAAACGUUUAAAGUCAAACAAGAUGAGAUCAAAUCUAGUGUUGAUGUCACAACGAAGAACAAAGCAUUGAAUUUGAAAUUGACUGAAUUUGGACCAUACCAUAUCAAUUACAAUAGGAAUGGUACACAUCUUUUGAUAACUGGACGCAAGGGACAUGUCGCUUCUAUGGACUGGAGGAAAGGUUCUUUACGUGCGGAGCUGAAUUUGAACGAAUCCUGCUUUGGUGCAACCUACUUACAAAAUGAACAAUAUUUUGCAGUCGCACAAAAAAAAUAUACAUUCAUUUAUGACCACGAGGGUGUUGAAUUGCAUAGACUGCAUCAGCACAUCGAGGCUAGGCAUCUACAAUUCCUCCCAUACCAUUACCUACUAGCCACCGCUGGUGAAACUGGGUGGUUGAAGUAUCACGAUGUAUCUACGGGGCAACUGGUCUCUGAACUGAAAACGAAAAUGGGUCCCACUACAUCCAUGACACAAAAUCCAUGGAACGCCGUUAUGCACCUGGGACAUAGCAACGGUACAGUAUCACUUUGGUCUCCCUCAAUGCCAGAGCCGCUAGUGAAACUACUGUCAGGUAGAGGUCGCAUCAAUAGUAUAGCAGUAGAUAGGAGUGGACAUUACAUGGCGACAGUGGAUGGGGGUAAGUCUCUAAAGAUCUGGGAUAUAAGGAAUUUUAGAGAACUUCACAGUGUCGAGAACUUACCAACCCCUGGGACAAACGUGACGAUAUCUGACACGGGAUUGCUUGCGAUGAGCAGGGGCCCACAUGUAACAAUCUGGAAGGAUUCACUGAGACGCAGUAAAGAGGCAAAGCCAUGUUUUGGUUCUAUGGGGGGUUUAAAAAACAGAAACACUUCAUAUAUGACAGAACUAUUCCCUGGGAACAAAGUCAACAACAUGGAGUUUGUGCCCUUUGAGGAUUUGCUUGGUGUGGGCCAUGAGGAUGGUGUGACCAAUCUAAUCAUUCCUGGCUCUGGUGAGGCCAACUACGACGCAUUGAGUAUCAAUCCAUAUGAAACUGCUAAACAGAGACAAGAACAAGAGGUAAGAACAUUAUUGAACAAAUUGCCAGCGGACACAAUAACGUUAGAUCCAAACACGUUAGGUACUGUUGACAAGAACGCCUCAACUAUCCGCCUGACAGCGAAGGAUUUGGCCCAGGCAGCAAUAGCAAAUGAGGAGAAACCUAAGAAGAACGCGGACAUCCCACAAGUUAAACCAGAAGUGAAGGGUAAAAACUCUGGGUUACGCUCCUUUUUACGUAAGAAGACGCGUAAUGUCAUAGAUGAAAGGAAGCUGAGAGUCCAGAAGGAGUUGGAGAAAGAAAAGGCGUCGCGUAAGAGGGCAGAGCUCGUGAAAAGAGGAGAAAUUGCUGAGGACGACAAGGAUGUCGUUUCUGAAGCUUUGAGCCGGUUUUCAUAA